CUCCAUUGUGUCAAAUGUACUCGCAAGUGAUGUUGCUGUGUAUUGCUUAUCGUCAUUAAAAUCAUUGGGUUUUCGUGCAUGUUUUGCAGCCAUUCAAUUCAGAAAAACUUCGCGGAAUUAAAAUCGUUUGUGGAUUAUACAAACAGAAGGGAAUUCGGUAGGACCGCAUGUCACGAACAUCAGCUCGUUUCUGACAAGCUCACGGCUCAGCGGUCAACUACAGCUCUGAUAGCAGACACACCAGUCAACUGUCGCUCUGUAUAUCUACUUAGGCUUAACUGUUCUGGCCGACUUGUUGCCGCAGCACACGGAGAUCGUUCUGUUUGUGUUUACUGUGCUUCCACCGGUCGACUGCUCUCAAAGUGUAUUGGUCACGAGAAAUCGCCGUGGACGCUCACUUUUCAUCCAACUCAACCCUACUUGCUUGCCAGUGGGUGCCUCGGUGGCAAUGUACGGCUUUGGAAUUUGGAGCACUUGGCAGUACUUGACGAUGAAAAAAUCGAGAGCGUAGUAGAAUUACCGUCUUUGUUCGUUUGGAAGCACACGGGUGCAAUCGCAUCCCUUACUUUCCACCCGGUUCAUCCCAUACUAGUAGCGGCAUGGACUCAAGAAGUGGUCUUUUAUGAUUGGGUGUCUGGUCGAAUACUUUCGGCAUGGCGAUUUGUAUCUAAUCACUCACGCGUGAGAUGGGUGAAAUUCGCUCCUGAUGGGACAGUUCUGUACACAGCUACCGCCAAUCCAUCCAACACUGAAUCAGUCUGUGCAAACAAGCUAUCUGACCAGUCAGUAGUUAAAAGUCCAACAAAGGUAGUAGCUACCAAAAACGCUAAACAAUCAUCUAUGCCAGUGGAUCAUGGUGGUGUCGGUGUAGCUCCCAAAGCUCCAUGUGACCGCACAGUACCUCGUGAUACUCUUUUGGAAUAUCUUGUUAAUUGUUCUGACUCCUGGUUUCAAAAUCUCGGUAUAUGCUCCGUUUGUUCGGUUCGUUUAUGUCGAUGGGCUGGCACUCUGGGACCGAAAUUCCCAGCGACAACGACAGAUAUUCGCCUUGGAACAUCAGUGGCACAACAAGCCGCCGCUGUUGUCGCCUCGACCACUUCGUCCAACAUGUCAUCACAUGUCCAACAUCUACUGGAUUUGACUAAUCCAAAUAACCGUUCUGAAGUGUAUGAGCGUCUUUGUCGUGAUGCUAACCCAGCUGCCGUAGCUAUAAUUGAAGAUAUGCCAGUACAUGAAUUCCUUCGCUCAAGGGGCAACUAUUGUCAAUCCCCAAGGAUUGCAAUCUCGAAUAAUGGUGUAUGCUGUGGCGGUCAUGCUUGUGAUUUGGUGAUUACUCAUCGCGAACUAAUGCGUCAUUCUUUAUGUCGACCUUGCCUCUCGUCGUUUUGGUCUUGGGCUAGUAAGCAUGUUGCUUGGUGGCGUUGGUCAUUUUCUACAAUUGAUGAGCAAUUUCCAAAUUCUGCAUCAAGUGGUAGUAGUAAAACAGGUUCGAUACAAACUACUUUAUCUUUCGGAAAAAGAAAUAACUCUGAAAGGUCUUCUGAUAUUGAGCCUCCUGUUGGUAUCUGCAUUCAGUGCCAAGCAAAAAUGUCUUUACAAUUGCAAUCACCGCCCAGUAUGUCAGUGACAUCUAGCCAGUCUCCCAUUUUAUCUCAUGGAGCUGGUUCUGAACCCAAGGGAUCCGAUACCCUAUCAGUUAAUGAAAAUCCUUCAAAAUCUCUCCGCCUAAUCCCGCUUGCAGCUUUGGAUCUUUUGCGUUCAAGGUUAAGUAAUGCUCAUGAAGUUACGCCAGUAACCUACGUCGCCACGGACUUAAUCAACGACUUUGUUUUCAGUCAAUAUAUCAAAAAACUGUUAGUCAGCAGUAAUGAUUCUGAUCUAAUAUCUCAUAAUCUUUUGGACUCAAGUAUUUCCUUACCCUACAACCAGAUGGAACAGAUGGCUGUUUGUGCUUCAUCUUCAUCUAAACGUCGAAAAAUGGAUAAUUUGCAGAACGAAAUACUGUCUCAUCACUCUGGUAGUCAAUCAUCUAACAGUACCUCAAUUUCCAGACCACUACUCAUGGAUUCUGAUCCAAUGUAUAAACCACCUGAAUCUAAUUCUUCGAAUACAUUUCUAACUUGUAAAUAUCGUCUGCCACAGGAGGCAUCUGAUCUGGGUGAAUACACACGCGAUAACCCUGAUACUAACUGGAAUUAUCCACGUCCUGUUACCGUUCACUACACGCGUAGUGUCAUUCCUUGGAUAUCAUCGUCUCUUUUCUCAUACGUCCAGACUGGAGCGUCUCUGCUAAAGUCUCCUCGCCAACCUACGGAUUCUCUUUCAGAACUCACCGUUGUAGAUCAGAAUUUAGGAUUACCAGCUUCUCACGAAACUACUGCAAACGGUACACAUGUUGACAGUUAUGAAACUGAUCCGUGCGAAGGAUCCAACCGAAGUUCAAUGACUGCAUGUUGUCGAUGUGGUCGUAUUGUUCUCCAGACAUUUCCCGUUGAUCCACAUUCUAAUAUUAGUGCAGUCGUUUGUGAAAAACUAGUGUAUUCCGAAAAUCGGCAUCUAACUCCUAGUUCCCAGAAAACUCAUGAUAGCAUUGUUCAUCCACAAUGUUCAUCUAAUCUAGAUGCCCAUACUCCCACAAGCCAUCCUUCUUAUCAACCUGACUUAUCACUGCUGAACCCUUGUCCGUCCGGUUCAAUCUCUUUGUCUAACCGAUCCAGAAACGUGCAGACCAGAAAGUCAGAACCUACCGAAAGAUCAGUGAAUGGUGUGCUUCAUUUGAUUGAACAAACUGGAAAUAAUUCUGUACUAAACGCAGUGAAUCGUAGUAUAACUGAAGUUAUAACUGGUCUGUUUGUUGAUAUGGGUGAAUAUGGAUCCGCCUCUAGUCUCCAAGAUGUUACACAUCGUAUUUGCCGGUGGGAACUAAGUUUGUGCAGUCCUAUUUACAACACUUCUCAUUUAUCUUCUCCAUCUGAUGAACGUGAUUCAACACGAAGUGCUUGCUUACCCAUGCCAACUAACGUUGCUGUAUCAUAUAACAAUAACAGUCUUGUUGUUCCCCACGCUCGUUUAUUUAAUGAUUCGUCUGUCUGUCUUUCAGCAGAUGGACGCCUUCUUGCUGCAUUUGUUAUUCCUCGAGAAACAUCAUCUCAGUCUUCCGCCUUACUUGGGACGCUUCUCGCAGUGUAUCGUCUGCAACCUCAGCAUAGUCGUGGUCAGUGUCUUUUUGCUCGCCGCUUCACUGCAUCUAGUCCUGUGUGUGUUGACUUCAGUCCUUUGGGAGAUUUUUUGGCAGUCGGUUUAGCGACUACACGUAUACCCUCGGAACCGUUGUCUACCACGAGGGAGUCGUCUGCACAAGGUCUUUUAAGAUAUGGUAGCUCUUCUUCUCUCCAGGAUCAUGUAGACCUUCGUCAGCCAAACGCUAAAUGUUCGUGCCAAAGGCAAUCCCCUGUUGCUUGCGUUUUCCACCUUCAACGUUCAAAAACACAUAAGGGUCGAGUUCGUCGAAGUCUGUGUGAUAUCCAAAAUAUCAAGCAUCCUUCACUUCUGGAUCCUAUCUCGUCGAAAUAUCUUGAAUUUUCCAAUCCAUCUACAGAAAAAUUAGAUCGUUGGCAUCGAUUAUUACUUUCUGCUCAAAGUGGGAUCUCUUUGAAUACUAUUGUUUGGAAUGCCAACGGCAGCAUCCUCUACGGUACUACCAAAGGUCUUAUUGUAAUUUCACAUGGGAAUCAAUCUUCUUCAGUAUCAAUUCUACCACUUCGUUGUACCAAAUCACAUGUACAGUCUGUGAAUGAAUGCGAAGUUUCUUAUGGAAGAAAAUUCUAUGUAAAUCAAGCACAAACUAUUACUAGCUCCUCUACCAUUUCUGUAUCCCAGUCUCAUGCUGUAAUUUAAACGCUAACUUUUUCUUAAAACAAAAAAAUCUAUGUAUAUUUAGGUUUACUGUGCAUUUAGUUUAUCUUAAUUUUUUUGCUCAUUUUUACUGGCUCAUCAUCAGGCGUGUAAUCAUAUUUUUACUGGAUUGAAAAAAAAACAAGAAAUUUUUUUUAUAAUUAAAAUUCCAAUUCUACACUCAGAGAUUACCUAUCUUAAUUUUUUUCUAUCUGCAAACCGGUAGUAAAUUAAAAUAAAAGUUUAUUUUUUACAAUUUCCUGAAUGUUUCAGUUUGUUUUGUUUUUUUUUCAUUAUUAUUAUUAUUAUUAUUGCAUACAGUUCAUUAUAAAUGUAUUUCUUGUUAUGUAAAAAAAAACAGAUUUAAACAUUACAUCAACAAUCAUGUUUGUUUAUAUAUAGACAACUUGUUCAUUUAACAAAACUACUCAACAACAACAACAAAAAAAAACAAUUUUUUUUCGAGCGAUUCUAACAAUAUUUUCUCUCUUUUUUUUCUUGUUUACUUCCACAUUUUAAACCAAAAGGCAAAAAUAUUUUCUUUUAAUUGUUUGUUUAUUUCAUACUAAUCGUUUCACUUUUUGUUACAUAGAAAAUUAAACAAUCUUUAAUCCUUGAAAGGUUUAAUUCCCCCACCACACCAUAUGUUUGUUGUUUUCUCUUUUCUUUACUUUUUUUAAUGAUAAUCUUGAUCUCCUCUACCUCAGCUAUGUCCCAGUGAUCUUCAAUGUGACUGAUACAGUUUUUACUUUUAUUUUGAAAUCCUGACUCCAAUUCUUAUUGAAAAAAAUAUAUAUAUUUCCGGUUUGAGUUUUAUCA